ACAGGCUUGAAUCGGGCCAAACCUCCCUUCCUCUUCCUCUCUACGUGAUCUGUGAUCGCUUCUCACCGCCAGAGUCUCCUCUCUUGCCAUUGCCGGCCAAGAGCUGUCAUCUCGAGCCACCCAAACACCAUUCUUGACCUACCCUCAACACCUUAGCUAGAUUUUCUUUCGUCCCUUGCUCUAUUACACGAUUGAGAGAUGAGAGAGUUGUGAUUGACAAUCACCGAUCGGAGAACUGCAUACCCAGCCGAUCCCAUUACUAUUGGCUAUUUGCCUUCUCGACUCAUAUUUUCCUGUAGUGGCAGUUAAGAAUUGCUUACCUUUCCUGGGACCCGUGUUAGUCUAGUAUGACCUAAAACCCUAAACCCAUAUCACAAAGCUGGGACCUGUAUUUAUAUGCGUGAGCGGGAGUUGGGCUAGUCUUGACUGCUAUUACUUCUUGCGUCAUGAUGGAAAAUGAGAAAAGAGUUGAGCUUGAGAGUCUUCUAGAAGUCCUCCCGCCAGUAGAAUUUUGCUGUGUCUAUGGCUCAGCUCUUCAUCCUAAUAAUCAGGACAAGUCAUCCAUGGUGGAUUAUAUUCUUGGUGUAUCAGAUCCCCAAAAAUGGCAUUCUGAGAAUCUGAAGUUGAAUGGAGACCACUAUGCCUCAUGGAUGAAGCACCUUGGUGGAGCAAAGUUGAUAACUGAAAUUGCUGAUGGGAUUGGUGUCGGAGUGCACUUCAAUCCAUUCGUAACAUGGAAUGACAAGAUGCUCAAAUAUGGAGUUGUUAGAAUGCAUGACUUGGUUCAGGACGUAAUGAAUUGGGAGAGAUUUUAUUUGAGUGGUCGCCUACAAAAACCAGUUCACAUACUAGUGGAUAAUUUGGAUAUGGGAACUGUUAACUCUGUGAAUCUAAGGGCUGCACUUUCUGCUGCUCUCCUCCUUUUGCCAUCCAAGUUUACAGAGGAGGAUUUGUAUUCCAAAAUAUGUGGCCUCUCUUAUAUGGGUGACUUGCGCACGCUUUUUGCAGAGGACAAAAAUAAGGUAAAGAAGAUUGUACAAGGGCAAUUUGGUCUAUUUCAUUCCAUGUACAAACCAUUUCUCCAAGAAUAUGAGGCUAAAGAGCUGCUGAAGUUGUCAUUGUUCAGUGGUCACCAAGAACACAUCUCCCAGGAUUGUGGUUUGCCAGUGACUCGUGCUCUUGUUCGUGCAUUGCCACCACUAGUCAGAAGCAAAAUGGGGAUGAAGCUAGGACAGGAGAAACAGCUGAGUGAUUCUGGGCGAGUUUUACAUGAGGUCAUGAUUGAUUCAAGGGAAGAGGCUAAAAAAUGUAUGCAGAAGGUACUAAGGCGUACUGUGAUGGUUUCUAGUGUGAGGCAAGCUGUCUCUGGGCUUCUGUCUGUAGGUGGUAUUAACGCCACUAGAUACCUUGCUAGUAAAAUGAGAAAAGCUUUAAAAUCAUGGACAUGAAAUUGGACAUAUUUAUACUUCUUUCCACCUAAUUUUAGUACACAACUUGAAAUGAGUUUGGCUAGGCUACAAGUUGUUCUUGGAUAAGAGGUAGGGAAUCUCGAAACUAAUGGACAUAUUCCAUAUGCAAUAGUUCAAAUUUUAUUUCAAUUUUUUUUUUCCCACUUUGUAGAGGAUUAUUAUUUAUUUAUUUUAAUAUCCCCUUUUUUACUCCAA